ACAGAAAGAGAGGGAGAGAGAGAGAGAGAGAGAGCGAGCGAUCACAGUUAAAAAACAAAUAACGACACAACCACAACCUGGAUUUAAAGUUAAAGAACUUUAGCAUCUCUCUGAGCUCCCUGUGGCACCCUGAGGACAGGAUCGGUUCACGGUCAGGAUGAAGCUGACGGUCCUGAUGUUUGGUUUCCUACAUGUGUCCUUCGUCAGUGCGGGACUCUUCUCCCUCAACGAUCUGCAGCCCGCAGGAAGCUCUCUGUCCCGCGGCAGCAGGGCGCAGGUCCCGGAUACCGCAGAGCCUGUUAACCCCAAGAAGGGCAGAAAGAGGCCGCUGUUUGCGAGGAGAGGACAGUAUGAACGACAGAGAGUCCAGGUGCCGAAGGAAAGGCCCAAAAAGGUUCCUCUGAAUGACUUGGCCCCUCCUCCUGAUUCGGUGCUCAAACCUACGACGCAGAAGUGCUCUCAGCUCACGCAGAGCUGCAUGCCGCAGUCGGGCUGCUGCGACGCUGGAGCAACGUGCCACUGUCGCUUCUUCAACGCCAUCUGCUUCUGCCGGAGGAUGAGCUCACGACCAAAAACUUAGAGAAGAAAAAAAAACCUCAAGACUAACACACUGCAGGCUUCUGUACAGAUGCAUCCUAAUGACGACACAACGUGACUCAUCGUGUUGAAUUAAACUCUUUUAAAUGUGCAUAUGAAGAAGUUUCCAUGAAUGUAUACCUCUUAUGAAAGGCAGCUGCUUAUAAAAACAAUAUUACUCAUCUUUUCCUCAAACAUAUUCGUUCGUAUUUGAAGUUUUUUAAACAUUACUUUUUGUCUAUUAUCAUUUGUGUAUAAUGAUCCAUACUGCUGACAAUCUUGUAGCAUUUCCCCAGCGAUCUUGUGUUUCACUGCUUGUUUGAGUUGUUUGUUUAUAUUAUAUUAUGAUGUACGGUGGCCCUGAAGGCUCAACACAGUGCUUAUUACAGCCUGUGUCCAUUAAUGCCUUUUCAUACGCUGGCAGCGCCCACGACUUAGAUUUCAGCGCAUGUCUCUUAGCGCUAACUGUUGCUAGGUUACAAAAGUUGGCUCACAUCACUUCUGCGUCCCUUGGUAGUGACGCCGAUGUCUGUUAUUUUAAGUUUCUGCAAACAUGAAAUCAAUGACAAAAUAUCGGUUGUGCAGCAGCAAAGGAAUGGAGAGAAACUCAAUUCAAGACCCUCGGAUGAGUUUCUACUCCGCCAUUGUUGUUGAGAAAGCUGAUCUCAGAAGUGUUGAUUUUGAUUUAGAUUUUUUGAUCUCAGAACCCUCUUGAUUUUGAUUGGUCGGUGAGGGAGACGUGACAUUGUACUGUGAGACAAAAACGGCCCUUUUCAGAGUGCAGUUCCACAGCAGCGUUUUAACUAAGCUCCGCUCUCAUUAUGUCUGCAUUUGAACAUUCAUAUUUGUAACCCAAAGGCGCGAUAGUGGAGUUAAAGUCUCUGAAUUCUUAUUGCAGUGCGGCGUUGUUGAAGCACGAUGUGUAGAGAAAAAGCUGAAGCUCCACAUACACACACUUUGACAUGCACACACACACACACACACACAUCACUGCUCUCCCCUUCUGUCACUUCGUCCCCCCAUCGCGCCGCCAUGAUGUUCAGAUGAGCGGAGUCCAAGGUGCAACAUUUACGACCCUGCAAUGUCUCGCCAUUAUGGUUAAUUUCAUGGAGGCGUAAUGUGUGGCUGAAGGGAUCCCACCUCUGUGCCGUCUUCAGGAGUAGUAACAGCAGCAGAUCAGGGGUGGGAUCAGCGCUGAGUGUGUAUGUGGAGCUCCCACUGUUUCUCGUCACAUCGUGCUUCCACAUUGCCGUAACACAAUGUGAAUUCACAGACUGGAUACCAAACUUACAUCGUUGCGGUAUCUAUGAAUAUGCAAAGAUGUAAAGGUUGAGCUGAGUUGCAACGCCGUUAUGGAACUGUCUGAAACAAGCUGUAGUGAAGGCAGGACGUCACUGGGGCGUAAAUAUCGCACCCUGAACGAGCCGUCUGAUCGGGCUAAGGAGAGUGCGUUUUUGUGCUCAGGAUGCUGAGCGACAAAAAGAAGAAAAUGUGCGAUGCCAGCGCUAAAAAAAAGAAACUACCAAAAUGGAGACAGGCCCAAAAUAACACCCUUAGCACCCAAAAAAAGCGUCUUGACAACAUGUCAACAAAAUAAAAACAAAGAUGCAGAACAGAAAAAUGAACCAAAGACACAUUUAAUAUAUUAAAUAUCAAACUGUUUGUGUUGUUGCAACAUCUCGAUGUGUUUAUUUGGAGUGUUUUAAAUACAAAAUAUUCUUUGUCAAACUGAUGAAGGUGUUUGUGUUUCAUUUUUUUAUUUUGCACUUUGUUGAUCUCCUGAGAAACCGACGUGACGUCCUUAAUCGUUUGGAUUAAACAUUUAAGCUUGAUCUGCUUAAGGAAAAUGUAACAGUGCGAUGUAACAUGAAGUUAUAUGAAGCUUUUUUUUUAACAAUAAUAUCGAUCUCCUGCAAACGUAUUUCUGCUGUCUUUAAAGUGUUUGACAAUCACUUCACCUGCAGAAAGAGCAAUUCUUUAAAGCCCUGUAUUAGUUUAAAAAAUAAAACUGUACAAAUCAGUAAAGUGAUGUUUAAGUGCAACAUGUUGGUGAGGACAGCAUCCCACUCUGUAAAUAUGUGUGCACAUGUUUGUGUUGUGUCAGUGUUUCAGAUCGG